UACUGACAUUACCGGAUAUCCUUUUCAUUACGAUGCGUUCUUAUGUAGAAUCUUAUGUUAAGAAUUUCACCGAAGAAAAUAUUUAAUUUAACUUGAAUUUAAUUCAAUUUGACAUAAAUAUAAAUUUUUGUUCUUAUAAUCUUUAUUUAAAAUUUUUGUCAUUAAUUUUCUCUUUUUUAGAAUAGUAAAUGUAAAAUUUCAAGAUUAUUAUACGUAAUUAUUGAACAUUUUAAAUGUCAUAUUCUAUUUAUGUUGUUAUAUAUUAUGUUGUUUUAUAUUCAAUAACUUUUCAAUGUGCUUUUUAAAAUUAAUAACAAAUUUGUUAUUUAAUUUUUAUAUUAAUGAAUUUAUUAUUUAUGAUAAUUAAUCCAUAUUUAAAAUAUGUUUAAUUAUUCGAAAGCAAAUCUUAAAGUUAAGUAGAAUAUUAAAUAUUUUUGUUAAAGAAAAAUGAACAGCAAUCAAUUUUAUAGAAACAUAAUUUAACGUUACUAUAGGUAUAGUAACAAGUACCCAUGUACAGUUGGUCAUGUGCUCAGGAAACGCGGGAUUGGUUAAAGUAUUGAGAUUUAAAUAUUGAAAUCCGUUGCUUGUCUUCCGCAUGACAAAAACAGGAAAAUUUGUAUUUGAGAAGGAAGUUAUCGCUGAGUAUAUUUUUUUAGUGGAACGUACAACUAACGUGAGCAUUAUUAAUCAGAACACGACGUUUCUUGUAAUAUACUGCACAAUCCAGCGAAAAAGAUAGUACAAAAUGUCAAAAGAUGAGAAAGAAUGCGUUAUUCCUGACGUGAUAUACGACGUAAACUCGGGAAAAAGUUAUAUCAAGGGACGAUUUUUUGGAAAAGGUGGUUUUGCAAAAUGUUACGAAAUCAGAGAAUCAAAGUCACAUCGUGUAUUUGCUGGGAAAAUUGUGCCAAAAUCACAAAUCACAAAGAGCAAUCAUAGAGAAAAAAUGACGCAAGAGAUUUCAAUUCAUCAAACUUUGAACCAUAAAAAUAUUGUUGGCUUUUAUGGUUUUUUUGACGAUCCACAGAAUGUAUAUAUAAUUUUGGAGCUGUGCAGAAAAAGGUCAAUGAUGGAAUUACAUAAACGUAGAAAAGCACUAACAGAAUGUGAAACGAGAUAUUACAUGAAGCAAAUUUUAGAUGGUGUAAAUUACUUGCACCAAAAUAAAAUAAUUCACAGAGAUCUAAAAUUAGGUAACUUGUUUUUAAGCGAUGAUCUGCAGGUUAAGAUCGGUGAUUUUGGUUUGGCUACCAGACUAGAGCAUGAAGGAGAACGUAAAAAAACACUGUGUGGAACACCUAAUUAUAUAGCACCAGAAAUUUUAACUAAAGUUGGACAUUCUUAUGAAGUUGACAUAUGGAGCAUUGGAUGCAUUAUGUACACUUUACUUGUGGGAAAACCUCCAUUUGAAACAUCGAGUUUAAGGGAAACCUACGCUAGAAUAAAACAAGUCCAAUACAAAAUUCCUAAUUAUAUUGGUACAGUUGCGAUGAGCAUGAUCUCUAAUAUGUUACAAGGAAAUCCAUCCAAACGCCCUUCCAUAACAAAAUUAAUUAAAGAUCCAUUUUUUUCUUCUGGUUUUAUGCCACAUAGUUUACCACUGUCAUGUUUAACAAUGGCACCACGCUUAGACCUGCUGGAAAUGCAUAAUCAACGUAAGCCAUUAUCUGAAAUGAAUACUAAUGUAGGAGGAGAGGGACAAGACUUCGUAUUCCGUGUACCUAACAGUCCGGCGCGUAAAACGAAGCCUGCGGAUGCAAUAAACGAAGUCCAAAAACUGAAUCUUGAUAUUAAAAAGAUGCUUCAGACAUUGAGAGAGCAGUUGAGUGCUGUAUUAAAGUCUAAACCAUGUAGAGAGACAACUUCGUCAACAGAUGAAAUGACUGACCCUGCUGCGCAACCUGUACUUUGGAUAAGCAAAUGGGUUGAUUACUCGGAUAAAUAUGGAUUCGGAUACCAACUUUCUGAUGAUGGUGUGGGUGUAAUGUUCAACGAUGGGACUCGUUUAAUAAUGCUGGCUAAUUGUUUCAAUAUCCACUAUAUAAAUCGCGAAGGAGAUGAAUUGUAUUACACAGUCAGAGAAUAUCCCUCUGAAUUAGAUAAGAAAAUGAGGCUAAUGAACUUCUUCUUAAAGUACAUGAAAGAACAUUUGAUGAAAGCUGGAAGCUCUGUUGCUGUGAAACCAUGCGAUGCGAUGUCUAGGAUACCUUAUAUGCAUCAGUGGUUUAGGACACAGAGUGCUGUAGUUAUGCAAUUGACUAAUGGAACAGUACAGGUAAGUAACUAAACAUUUUAAGUCAUAUCUCUGUUUAAGUUUCGAAUUUUCGAAUGUAAUACAAAAUAUUUAAUUUAUAACAUUUCACUUUCAGAUAAAUUUCCUAGACCAUACAAAAAUUAUUAUGUGUCCAUUAAUGGCAGCUGUUACGUAUAUAGACACAGAGAAAAAUUUCAAAACUUAUAGAUUCCAAACUAUACAAGAAAACGGAUGUUGUAAAGGUUUGGCUAAAAAUU